GAAAAUAUUUCAGCAUGAAAGUCGAGGUGACCACAGCGGUGACCUUCAUCACCGGAUUACUGAGAGGAAGAGGACCUCUGUCCGAAAAACAGCUCCAACACUUCAGCCGUUCUCUGGAAGAGGCGUUAGGAGAGCAUUAUGAGCACCACUGGUUCCCUGACGCACCGUUCAGAGGUUCGGGAUAUCGAUGCCUCAGAAUCAAUCGCAGGAUGGAGCCGCUAGUAGGGAAGGCUGCUUACACCAGUGGUCUCAGCAUGGAGCAGGUUCGCGCCCUCUUACCGUGUGAGCUGACAGUGUGGGUCGACCCCUACGAAGUGUCCUACCGGAUCGGGGAGAACGGGUCCAUAGGUGUGCUGUAGGAGUCCACACCACUGCCGCUGGAGACUCAUCUCAACUCUGUGAUGACCGUCUCCAGCUAAUCUCUCAGCACAUCUGGCCCACAUCUGUUUGACAUUUUAAACGAUGAUUUUAAUGACUGGUCUCGCUGCACGUAU